CACACAUUGCUGCAAUCGUGUAAGAGAUAGUAUUGGACACGGGAAAAGGGGUCGGAUUGCGACACCGCAAAAGCCCAAAUAUUUGUCGUGGUUAAUUGAUUGAAGUACGCUUAUCAGCACAAAACGUAAUAAAUCUUUCAUCUACAUUGUACCAGUGAAAUCUCGGUAUCUUACUUAUCUUAGCUAUCUGCCAUCAUCAUGAUCCGCUAUUGUUGUUUUUAAUUCGUCUGGGAUUUGUGAUUAUUUUAGUCUGUCCUGCAUCAUCGUAGUGAGUUGAGUACCAAAAGUGACAUUUUUGAAAAUUUCAAUCGACGUUUCUUCUUUUAACAGCUGUUGUACAAAGGAAGCACUUCUAGAUUAAGCCAGGAGAAGAGGUUAUCACUGAUUGGGUUACUGUUUGUUUGUUGAGUGGUCUGCCGAUUUGAUUAGUUCGCCUUUAAUCUUCGUUUCGUGUGAGCAUUUCAUUGCCAAGAGCUAUUGCUUUAUAACACUCGCCAUGACAGAGAGAGUUUAUAAAAUUGCCUUGCUUGGCAAUGAAGGAGUUGGGAAAACAGCGCUGUUGGUAAGGUUUCUGUGCCAUCGAUUCAUUGGGGAAUAUGAUCCUACCAUUGAGGAUUGUUAUCGCCGUACUGUGAGAGUAGAUGGUGAGGAAGUCACCAUUGAUAUAUUGGACACGGCUUGCAGGAACUCAACGUCCAAACUCACGGAGAAUUUUCUCCAAACGGGAGAUGGUUUCGUUAUCGUGUACUCCGUUACCGACAGGAAAAGUUACAUCACCGUUCCGCGUUAUAAGGAAAUGAUCGAGGAGUCAUGUGACCGCGCAAACCAGGGUCCAGCCUCCCUUCUCCUUAUUGGAAACAAAACCGACCUGGAGGAGCAUCGCACCGUUGCUAAAAGAGAAGGACAGAAUUUGGCGCAAAGAUACGGCUGGUCGUUCGGCGAAGCUUCUGCCGCAGAGUACGACGGCGUGGAUAAAUGCUUUUACGAGUUACUUCGAGAAAUACGAGCACGAAGACGAAAAAUGAGUCCAUCCGAGUUCCCGAUGUUGCAUCUGAGCGACUUACGUCAGUCUAGCUGCAGUGACAUUGACAGUCAAACGGAUGAAAGCGCAUCGGAAAGUAAAAAGAAGCGUUUUGUCAAAAAGAAACUCAGCGACUCUAGUCUACAGUAUAAGCGAAAGCUAUUUGGUUCGUGGCAUGAGUUGCUAUCACAGCCGGCGAAAACAAGUGCUAACAAAAGUAACCAUUCUUAAAAGCGACCGCAAAGGCUUACGAUUUUACGUAAACUAAUCAGAUAAUUUUAUGAGCUCAUGCGAAAACACCGAAUGUUGUCAUGUCAGCGUGAUGUCAUAAUGACACGCUAUUGCAUAGCAACGUCUCUGACUACAAUGCUGGCUCAACUAAAAUUCUGAAAUGAUGCGUCCCUGCUUGUUUCCCGGAUUGCUUGGCUUAGUUAGAGGACAAGACACCAUGGUCAUGGCUCUACUGUUUUGUAAUUCUGUUAUAACACUGAUAUCUUUGAUAUACCCUUCUUGUCAGUGAAAAAAAAAAAAGCGAUUUAAAAGUGGUCCGUAUUGAGCACCUUUUGAGUUUUGCGCUAUUUUAUGUAAAUAGACAUUUGGUCAGCCCAAUAAAGUUCUUUAGGAGAAAACCUUUUUUCCAGUGAGAUUUUCUCCAGUAGCA